AUGGUAGAGUUUUUCAGUGAACAGUUCACAACGUUAACACAACAUUUGCAAUCAAACUGGCCGACCCACUGCAUGGACGCUCUCAUAUGUACCGCCAGAAUAACCGAUGGAAUAGGAGGCAACCAUGCAUCGGUGACCUUGUGGUUGAUUGUCACCGAAGCCAAAGACGCCUGUCCAACCAGUAUGGAUCCAAUUGAGGAAAGCAUAGCGGAAGCUCUCCGCUCGGAUGAUAAAGAAUGGACGGUGUAUAAAUGUAG